AUUAACUUUAUUUUUGAAGUUUUUUGAUUUUAUUCAUAUUGUCUGUUUUUUUUUCAAAACAUGUAAAAAUAAGAACGAAUGGUUAUUCAAAUCAUUUAGUUAGUUUAUAGAUCUAUGUAAAAUAUUUAACUGUUUUGUAGAUGUCGCCAGAGAAAUUAGGUACGAAAGGGCAAAUAAUACAUAGCCAGGGAAGAGAAAUUAUUGCCAAUGUAGCAGAGUUUAUGCAUAAAGAGGUAGAAGAAGGAUUAACUAUUCCUUUAAAACGCUUUAGAGAACGUACGUCGGCUGCUACAAAAAUAUCGAAAGUUACCUACCAAAAAAUAUUGAAGGAGUCGGCCAAUAUAAAAAAUAACCCCUCUUGUUCAUUCAGCAGUCCAAGAAAAAAGAGGCCCAGGAAAUCACGUAUACUUGACAUUACUUCGACGCAACUUAAAGAAAUUAGGAGCAUAGUUAAUGAUUUUUAUAUAGUGGAAAAAAGAAGGCCUACUCUCAAGUUAAUCCUACAAAAGAUCAUUGACCGAUCUGUUAUUCAUGAGCCUAUGAGUAUACCAUCCUUAGCAAAACUACUAAAGAGCAUUGGAUUUAGAUGGAAGAAGACAGAUGAUAAUAGAAAGGCCUUGAUGGAAUCAUAUGACAUACGUUUGAAGAGAAUAAAAUACUUAAAACAAAUUACCGAAUUUAAAAAUCAAGGUAGAAAUAUAGUGUAUACUGACGAAACCUAUAUACACAGUAGUCAUACUUCUGACAAAGGUUGGUUUGACGAAAGCCUAAGCGGUAUACGAAAACCCAUUUCAAAAGGACAGCGAUUAAUCAUCGUUCAUGCUGGAGGAAAAAAUGGUUUUGUUAAAGACGGUCUACUUAUAUUCCGCUCAGGUUCUAAAAGUGGCGAUUACCAUGACGACAUGAAUCAUGAAAAUUUCAUGAAAUGGGUGGAAACCCAAUUACUUCCGAAUUUGCCACUAAAUUCGGUCUUAGUUUUGGACAAUGCAUCAUACCAUAAUGUACAAGUAAAAAAGAAUGUUACCUCAGGAAGUAAGAAACAACUCAUAAUUGAUUGGCUUAAGGAGCAUAAUUUAGAACAUGACGAGAAAAUGACAAAAACGGAACUUUAUGAAAUAGUUCUUCAAAAUAAAAGAUUUUAUCCGAUAAAGUGCAAACUUGACGAACUAAUGGGAAGUCACGGACACUCAACUUUGCGUUUGCCUCCAUACCACCCAGAAUUGAACCCCAUUGAAAAAAUCUGGGCCACUGUUAAAAACUGGGUAGCAAGCAGGAACACAACUUUUAAGUUAGCAAAUGUAGAAGCUUUGACGAGGCAAAAAUUUGCAGAAGUAUCUGUCAAUGAUUGGAGAAGCAUUUGUGACCAUGUCGACAAAAUUGAAGACAAAUAUAUAAAAGAUCAUAAUCUUUUUGAUGAAACUUUAGAUUCCCUAAAAUUUACGGUAAACACUGGCUCAUCAGAUGAAGAUUUGGAAACGAGUUCCGACGAAUCAAUUAUCAGCAAUGUGGACAUUUUGUCAGAUAGUGACUAAUUUAAUAAUAUGAAUAUGUA